GACUUUGUCAAGGAAGAUUUGUACAUCGCAGGUUUUACCUGUAAACUCUUUAGCCAGGCCAGCCCGAUCCGCUUCAGCCAUGAGUCUAUCGAGUCCAUGUUUUCAGAGACCGGCCCCCACGCCUUCAAAGUCGUGCCGUUCCUCGAAGCCGCGCGGUUCUAUAUUCUCGAAAAUGUGGCUGGAUGUCUUUGCAAAUCAGCCGAUUGCCCUCCUGACGCCAAGUACCAGGUGACUGUUGUUUCCGAUGACACCAACGUUUGGAUCAAUAAUCCCUCGCAGAAGCGCAACAUUGAUGCGAGCAGUGGCGUGGUCAAUGGAGUAACCCAGGUCAAGGGAAUGAAACGUGUUCAAUCGUUGCUAGGCAUGCUGCAGAACUUGAUUCUUAGGCGUAAGAGUGAGGAGGACGGUUGCGGAACUUCCGCCCAAAUACAUGCGCCUUGCCAACUGUUGCCGCGAGCUAAUGCCUGGACGAUUCUCUCCAGACUUCGGCGGUGGAGUUUGUUUUCGUCUGUAGGCUGUGCUCCCCAAUUUGGAGGCGAUGAUUUAUGGAACAAAUUUGCAGAGAUUCCGCUGAAGCUGAUUGUGCACUGUGGUGAUGCGCUACCCGCAAACCAUUGCGUCCAGGCAGCUGAGCAUAGUGGUUGGCGCGAAGGUCGGUUGGCGGGUGAGGCAAAUGCGCAGACCACUCUACAAACAGAGUUGAACUGCUUGCAUCACCAAGCGGCUUUAGCGCUGAAGCCCGGAUUGUUAAGCAUUCCGAAUCUUUGUUCAGCAAUGGUGCGAAUGACCCGGGCAAUGAGAGCAACAAAGUUUCAGAGCUUGUUUCAGGAGGGUUUGGACAAACUUGCAUACGCUGUGGAGAGGCGAGUUGUUGCGAACCUGCCUGACUCAAUUGCAGCAAUGCAAGAACGGCAUCAGGUCCUCCUAGAUAUACUGGGCCAUGAUUUGCAAGCGGAGGAAAAACAGCUGAUUCUCAGCAUGUUCAAUUCUUCCUGGGACGAUGAGGUUGGCCAGGGCCAUUCAUGCAGGUGGGUGCAUUGGUGCGCUGGCUGUUGCACCUCGCAGCAAGUGUGCGUUGAACGCACGCAGGAGGCGUUGAGGUUACUGUUUGCAAAAUUCCCACAGGUGCCACUGCUAUAUCGCUGGAAGGGCUGGGGUGCAGUUCAAAACUUCUGCACUCGUGGAGUUUUCAUUCACAACUUUUUGGCUUUUCUCAUCAAGGGAUGUUGCAACAAGGGCCUCGCUGGUAGGGCAGAUGAUCUUCUUGGCCAGGAUGAAGAUUCCCCUGACAUGUCGUAUGCGGUAAAGCAGGAGGUCAGGAUGAGCAAAACAGUUGCAUUUGUUUGCGGCGAGAGCAUCCGGGCCGAUCUUGGGAAAUCACUCUUCGUUUCUUGGCCAUUGGCUGCGUUGAUGGACUUCAUUUCGCAAGUGGAGAGUUGCCGCCAGCGACUUCAGUUCAAGUCCCGCUCGUUGCAACUACCCUUUAGCACGUGCCAGGUGACUGAACAUGAGCUGAGGAACAUGAAUUGGAGUAUAUUCAACGGCCAGAAAGCCUUGGAGACUGUCAGGGAAUUCACUACACUCCUGACUGCUCCCCCAGAUCACGAACUGUUCCAAGCCUGCAGGGUGACUUUUGGAGAUGUCCUCCCGCAUGUGUUUCCCGCGAUGUGUGACGUGUGGAGACGUAUGUGGCUUCCGUCACGCAAGUACAAGACUCAACUCCUGGGGGUGGGCAUAAUGACUCUCGAGAGUGCUAUCCAAUACCUACAAAAUUUGGCAAAGUCAGCAGCUGGCAUGGUCAAUGAUUGCAAAGCUGUGAAGAGGUCAAGGGCAGUCAGUCCUGUGAAUGUGUAUCUCCAAGAACAGAUGAAAGCACGUGGCCGUGGAAUGCGUGUUGCAUCUGAAGAGGGGAAGUCCUUACACAAGCAAAUUAUGGCUGAGUGGAAGUACCUCCCCACAAUGCUCCGUGACCAGUAUGUUCAGAAGGCUGCUGCGCAGAGUGCUCUCAAAAGGUCUGAAAGCCAGCAGACUCUGGCCAGUGCGAAAGCAUCGGACGCUGGUUCUAGUUCUGCUUUGAGUUCUGCUGGUCACCAUGGCGAAGGUCAGAACAAUUUGACACUUGCCAGCACCCAUUUGGAUCAGUCGUGCGUCAGAUGUAUGAUGUAUGUAAAUGCCAUGGAUCUACUAGCAAGAUACUUCUGCUAA